AACCAGAUGUUUCAGUCACAUUUCAGCCGCUGCUCUGAGAGUUUACUGUAAGCAGCCCCUAACAGGCUGUUACUUCACUACAACUCACGAUAUGAUCAUCUUAAUUUACUUAUUUCUCUUGCUAUGCGAAGAGGCUCAAGGAUGGGGAUUCAAAGAUGGAAUUUUUCAUAACUCCAUAUGGCUUGAACGAGCAGCAGGUGUGUACCACAGAGAAGCACGGUCUGGGAAGUACAAGCUCACCUACGCAGAAGCUAAGGCGGUGUGUGAAUUUGAAGGCGGCCGUCUUGCAACUUACAAACAGCUAGAGGCAGCCAGAAAAAUUGGAUUUCAUGUCUGUGCUGCUGGAUGGAUGGCUAAGGGCAGAGUUGGAUACCCCAUUGUGAAGCCAGGGCCCAACUGUGGAUUUGGAAAAACUGGCAUUAUUGAUUAUGGAGUCCGUCUCAAUAGGAGUGAAAGAUGGGAUGCCUAUUGCUACAACCCACAUGCAAAAGAGUGUGGUGGUGUCUUUACAGAUCCAAAACGAAUUUUUAAAUCUCCAGGCUUCCCAAAUGAGUAUGAAGAUAACCAAAUCUGUUACUGGCACAUUAGACUUAAGUAUGGUCAGCAUAUUCACCUGAGUUUUUUAAAUUUUGACCUUGAAGAUGACCCAGGCUGCUUGGCUGACUAUGUUGAAAUAUAUGACAGUUAUGAUGAUGUCCAUGGCUUUGUGGGAAGAUACUGUGGAGAUGAGCUUCCAGAUGACAUCAUCAGUACAGGAAAUGUCAUGACCUUGAAGUUUCUAAGUGAUGCUUCAGUGACAGCUGGAGGUUUCCAAAUCAAAUACGUUGCAGUGGAUCCUGUAUCCAAAUCCAGUCAAGGAAAAAAUACAAGUACUACUUCUACUGGAAAUAAAAACUUUUUAACUGGAAGAUUUAGUCACUUAUAAAAAAAAGAAAAAUAAUGAUAAAAAAUAGAGUGUUUAUGUCUGAAUCUUUUGGAACUCCUUUGAUCUCACUGUUAUUAUUGUUAACAUUUAUUUAUUAUUUUUCUAAAUGUGAAAGUGAUACAUAAUUUGGGGAAAAUUGGAAAAUACGGGAAACUUUAAAAGAGAAAAUGAAACCUCUCAUAAUCCCUCUGCAUAGAAAUAACAAGCAUUAACAUUUUUCUAUUUUUUCUUUCAGUCAUUUUUCCAUUUGUGGUAUAUGUAUAUAUGUGCCUAAUGUAUUUUUAUUUGAAAUUUUGGAAUCCUACUCUAUGCACAGUUUGAUAUCAUACUUUUCACAUCUUGGACUUCAUAAACAUUUUCUAAAAUCAUUGUAUAUUCUACAAAAACAUGAUUUUAAAUAGCUGUAAAAUAUUCUAUGAUAUGAAUUUUCAUAUAUUAUUUAAGUCUGUCUCUAUUGAUGGAAUUUCAGGUUGUUUUCAUAAAUAUUGUUGCAAUAAAUAUCCUUGAACACACAUAUUUAUGCACCUCCCUAAUUAUUUAAGACAGGGACCUGGAAAUAGAAUUACUGAAUCAAGGGUUAAUUAAAACAAAAUUUUCUGAUUUGAUAGUCAAAAAAUGAGGCCUCAUUGUAGUUUGAAUUUGCAUUUCUUUAUUCAUGAGAUUGAUGGUUACAUAAUUUUUUGUUAACACUAUUUCUUUUGUGAAUUAUUUUUCCAUGGCUUUUUGAGCUAUUUUUAAAAACUGGUAUAAUCUUCUCUAUUGAUUUGUAAGAAAUUAUUAUAUAUGUCCAUGUUUGUCACAUAAGUUGCAAUUUAAUUUUUAGCUUGUAGUUUGUCAUUUACUUUCACAGUUUUUUUAAAUAUAUCAAAUGUUAAAAU